CRAUUCUUAUAAUUUUUAUAAUCAUAAACGUUAGUACUUGCAGCUCGCUGUUCCAAACUAUUGAAUUGUAAUAAAUUCAAAAAAGUUUAAAACUAUGUCUCUCCUUCAUUAUAGUGRAUUUCAAGACAGCGGCAUUCACGAUAUCACAAAGGAUGAAGUAACCACUGGUACUACCAUCAUUGCUGCUAUUUAUGACGGCGGUGUUGUAAUCGGAGCUGACUCUCGUACUACGACUGGAGCAUAUAUUGCUAACCGGGUUACGGAUAAAUUAACAAAAGUAUGUGACAAUAUUUACUGUUGCCGGUCAGGUUCGGCUGCCGAUACACAAGCCAUCACUGAUAUUGUUGCAUACUACAUGGAUUUAACAAGCAUUCAAAUGAAUGAGCCGCCUCUUGUCAGAGCUGCUGCCAAUGUGUUUAAAAAUCUAAUUUAUGAAAACAGACAUCAGCUGACUGCUGGGGUUAUUGUAGCUGGAUGGGACAGCAGAUUUGGUGGACAAGUAUAUUCAAUCAAUGUAAGUGGUACAAUUGUUCAACAAAACAUUGCGAUUGGUGGAUCUGGUAGUUCCUAUUUGUAUGGUUUUAUGGAUUCACAAUAUAAAGAUGGAAUGACCCAACAAGAAUGUGAAAACCUUGUACUUAACGCUAUUUCAUUGGCAAUUAAACGUGAUGGUUCAAGUGGAGGUGUUGUGCGUAUGGGAAUAAUAAACAAAACUGGAAAAAUUCAAAGAAAGUUGGUACUUGGAGAUCAACUUCCAAAAUUUUAUGAUAAUAUCUAUGAAGAAAAACAAUUUGAAGGAGGAGAUGCUACUAUGGAUUAAUUUUUUUUUUAAAU